UUCAUGCCAUGAUCUAUCGGUAAGAUCGCACGUGUUCAAGCGAUAAUUGUCCAUAACCUCAAUGAUUUCGUGGAGGCAUAUGCGCUCCACGUUUCUUAUUGUGUUUUGAUAAUAAAUUGUCUAUAAUGAAAGAUGAUGCUCAUAAAGCGUGGUAUGUCGGAACAGUUAAUGCGAAGAAGCGUCUUAUCGGCGAUGACAUUCGCACGCAGAUCCAUAGCUCUCGGAACAAAUUAUGUUCAGCCAUGUAGAGGCAAAAAAGAUGACUCACAAAAAGAUGACUUACAAAAAAAAGACUCACAAAAAGAUAGUUCACAUUCACCAGAAUCUCUUUUUCAUCCCGUGCCGAUCAAACCAACUCCAGAUGACAUAAACAUUGGUGCCGAACUGACUGGAUCUUUAAUAAAAAAAACGGAUCUUUUAAGAAUAUUGAAUGCCUUUACACAAAAAACAGAGAUCAAGGAACUGGCUCGACAACAUGGAUUAGAUAGUUAUCUCCAGGGACAGGCAUUUACGAAUUUUAGACAAUAUUGUUUGGCAACAGAAUCAUUACCUGUGGCUCUUCAUAUAGUAUUGAGUGAUAUUCUGCAAGAUGCUGGAAAUGUCACCGACAUUUUUCCAUAUUUUUUACAACAUGCUAAACAAAUGUUUCCACAUAUUGAUUGUAUAGAUGAUCUCAAAAAGAUUAGUGAUCUACGGAGUCCUGCCUCCUGGUAUCCUUUAGCAAGAGCAAAAAAUAGAAAAAUAGUUUUUCAUGCUGGACCAACAAAUAGUGGGAAGACUUAUCAUGCUUUAGAAAGAUUUAUCACCGCAAAGAGUGGAGUGUAUUGUGCUCCUCUGAAGUUAUUAGUUGCAGAAGUAUAUCAUAAGUGUAACGAAAGGGGAACACCAUGUGAUUUAUUAACUGGAGAGGAACGAAAGUGUAUUAAAGGUGCUGAUAAUCCGGCAAAUCAUUUAUCCUGUUCUGUAGAAAUGGUGAAUCUACAAAAUAAUUAUGAAGUAGCUGUAAUCGAUGAAAUUCAAUUAAUGCGUGAUCUUAGUAGAGGCUGGGCAUGGACAAGAGCUCUUUUGGGAAUUCCUGCAGAUGAAAUACAUUUAUGUGGUGAAGCUGCUGCUAUAGAUUUGGUAAAAGCUAUAUGUAUUUCUGCGGGUGAAAAUGUGGAAGUUCACAGAUAUAAGCGACUAACAAAUUUGGAAAUAGAAAACGAGGCGCUUGGUUCUUUGAUCAAUGUUAAGCCGGGAGAUUGUAUAGUCUGUUUUAGCAAAAACGAUAUAUUCACUGUAUCGCGUUCUCUUGAGAGUAGAGGAACAGAAGUGGCAGUAAUAUAUGGCAGCUUGCCACCAGGUACCAAACUGGCUCAAGCCGCGAAAUUUAACGAUCCUAAGAAUUCGUGUAAAGUCCUGGUAGCAACUAAUGCGAUUGGAAUGGGUUUGAAUUUGCAUAUUCGAAGAAUUAUAUUUUAUUCGUUGAUUCAGCCAACAGUCAAUGAAAAAGGUGAAAAGGAAAUGGAUAUUCUAUCUGUUUCAGCAGCUUUACAAAUCGCAGGCCGCGCUGGACGUUAUGGUACAGCUUGGGAUACAGGUUAUGUAACGACCUUUAAACGAGAAGAUCUACCGACUUUAAAGAAUUUAUUGAAUCAAACACCAGAAGUAAUAACACAAGCAGGUCUUCAUCCAACAGCGGAUCAAAUUGAGCUAUAUGCUUAUCACUUACCAAAUUCACCAUUGUCGAAUUUAAUGGAUAUUUUUGUAUCAUUGUGCACAGUUGACGAUUCUCUUUAUUUUAUGUGCAACUUAGAUGACUUUAAGUUUUUAGCUGAUAUGAUACAGCAUGUUCCGCUGCCACUCCGUGCGAGAUAUGUAUUUUGUUGUGCACCAAUUAAUAGAAAACUGCCGUAUGUGUGCACUAUGUUCCUGAAAUUUGCACGUCAAUAUAGUAAAAACGAUGCGAUAACAUUUAGUUGGUUGUGUCAACAUAUUGGAUGGCCUUUUGCGACACCAAAGACUAUCCUUGACCUUGUUCAUUUAGAAGGCAUCUUUGAUGUGUUAGAUCUUUACUUAUGGCUGAGUUAUCGUUUUGUGGAUCUGUUCCCGGAUUCUGGAAUGGUACGUGAUAUACAAAAGGAACUUGAUGCACUCAUCGAAGCAGGAAUAGUUAGAUUAACAGCCUUGUUGUUGCACUCGGAUGCAGGUGGAGAGUCUGAUAGUUUUGAAAUGCAGACGCAAAAGCAAAACUUUUAUCGAGAUCAUGGAACAACUGGCAAACGUAGUAUGGGUAAGGGAAAAUUGACUGAAAGAUUAAUAGCAGAAGGACUCUUGACACCACAAAUGUUACGUGAAUUGCAAUCUGAAUGGAUUAAAUCGAAAAAGAAAAAAUAAUAUAGAGGAUACUAAUAAAAUAUUAAAUUGAAUUAGAAGAAAUCAUAUUAUAUAGUGAUUGACAUAAUUAUGGAUUAAUUAAAAAAGACGUAAGUGUCAUAAGUUAACACAACAUGAAUUAAAUAUUAAAAUCUUAUAUACAUAUAGAAUACAUAAUAUUCCAAUUUUAUGUGAAAUACAGGGCUAUAGUAACUGUAUUAUUUUAAUAUUUAAUAAUAAUUGUAUGUAUUAUGUAAA